GUAAUUAAUAUCUCUCUAUAUAUAUAGAGCCCCCACCAUACGCAUUGUCUUCGAAGAACGAAAGCUCUAGUACUGAGAAGAAGACCGUUUAGAGACAGAUCGUGAACCCGCCUUCUUGUCGGCGAGGGGAUAUGGCCGCCGCUGACGGUGUUUUCCGGUGCCUCCUCGAAGGAUGCAUCUCUGGCUUCGACAACGGUAUCGAGCGGCGGCCUUACCACCGCAACUGCGGUUGUGCCCUCCACAACGGCAAUUACUCCACCAGCAAAGUGCCGAUCUGUGGCAAUGUUUCGUAUCCCAUACGGAGGUCGUGGAGUGAAGGCAGUUUGGUCAUGGCCGCUUUCUCUGCCCAUUCCUCACCUUCUUCUUCUCCAGCUGCUGGAAGGCCUCCUCUGGAUUUCGUAGAUCUGCGACUAAAGGAGGAGUAUCAUAAGGGUUUUGUGAAUUAAGGUUCGAGAUUAAUUUCUCUGCUUAGUAUGAUUUCCUUUUUCUUUUCUUUAUUUCAGUUCAGUUUAGGUCUUAAUUCGUUUCAAUCUUUGCAAUAGCAAGUGAAGUUUGAUUGAUCUGUAAGGUUAUGAAGGGUUCUUGUAUGAUUCUAAGUCUGGUGGUGUUUGUAUCUGACUAUUCCAUUUCUUGUAGAGAUGCUAAUUGAAUUUCUUUAUUUGUUUAUUG